CAUAGCGUGCAUAAGAACUAAACUUGAGGAAGAAGGGCAUUAAACCCACAAACCCCGCGCUCUCUCUCCAAGUAAACAUGAGAUGGCUGCCUCCAUUUCCAAAACCCUGACCAGAAAUCUUCGUUUCAUCGAAUUUCUUCCUCUUUCUUAUACUUCAUCUUCUCCUUCAUUACCUCGUUUUUUUACCGCUUCAUCUGCAUCUCUUCUUUCUUCCUCGAAUAACCCUCUCCCAAAUCCAUCUCCACAACUUCAACAUCAAGGAAAUCAGAGAGGAAUAUGGUCGAAACUGUUUCUCUUUCUUCCUGGAGCUAUUACUUUUGGUCUUGGUACCUGGCAGAUCGUCCGAAGAAAUGAUAAGAUCACAUUGUUGGAUUACAGAAAAGAAAGGUUGGCAAUGGAGCCUAUUCCGUUUAAUGCUAUAGCUCCCAGUGAGAAUUCAAAUACUUCAGAGUUUCGGAGAGUGAUCUGCAGAGGGGCUUUCGACGAGAAAAGGUCAAUAUUUGUGGGCCCACGAUCCCGAAGUAUAUCAGGAGUUACAGAAAAUGGAUACUACCUUAUCACACCCCUUGUACCUAUUUCUGGCAAUGCUGAUAGCGUUCAGUCUCCAGUUCUAGUGAAUAGGGGAUGGGUUCCACGUAGUUGGAGGGACAAGGCAUUUCAAUUUUCUCAAGACCUUGAAGAAACUAAAACUGUAGCCACCUCUGCUUCAUUAACUGGUGAAAAGCGUUCUUUCUGGAGAUUUUGGUCUAAAGAACCCCAAACAAAUGAGGAACAACCUUCAUCUGUUAGUUCGGUGGAAGUAGUGGGUGUCAUUCGUGGGAGUGAGAAGCCAAGUAUUUUUGUUCCAGAAAAUGAUCCUGCCGCUGGUCAGUGGUUUUUUGUUGAUGUUCCGGCUAUCGCCCAUGCAUCAGGUCUUCCUCGGAAUACAGUGUACAUCGAGGACAUUAAUGAAAAUAUUAGCCCUAGCAAUCCAUAUCCUGUCCCAAAGGAUGUCAAUACUUUAAUUCGCAGCUCAGUCAUGCCGCAAGACCAUCUAAAUUACACAUUAACAUGGUAUUCUCUAUCAGCUGCCGUGACAUUCAUGGCUUACAAGAGAUUAAAGCCAAGAAAAAUUAGAAGAUAGUCUCUAAUGAAGUCAUUCAGGGAUCGUUUACUUUCUUUCUGUAGACCGUUUGUGUUGAAGGACACACUGAAGCUCAGUUCCUGUCAAACCAAACUAGACUCGUUUCAUUUAUCAUGUUGUGGAGGGAUUUAUUUUGCUGUUCCGUUCAACUUUUUGGCAGCUACAAAAAGGCGAAAAGUUGUGUUUCUUCAGUGAACAACAAUGGUGUACAAGUUGCUAUAAGCCUUGCUAGAAACUUGGAAUUCAAACAUCGGUAGCUCUGUUUCUAUCACUGAAGAAUAAUGGUGCACAAGUUGCUAUAUAUGACCGCAGAUUUGUAGCGCGAAGCCUCGUCACGCGUAUCUUGUAUUUUUGUGGUAUAGAGAUGAUUAUCUUGAUUUAUCUAGAUUCUGUUGUUAAAUCCCAUACUAGAAGAGGUCGAUUUUGCAAGACUCUUUCAGUUUGAUGGGAAAUCAUUGGUUAUCCUGAUUCCUGACACAAAAAAUUCAAUAAGGGAAGCUCUUUCUUUA